UCUUGCCUCAGAGGUAUAGUUCAGAAAAAGCACAUACUUAAGAGCAACGGAGAGGUUGAGAGGCACUGGGUGCCUGGUCCAGCUGCUGUGGUAUCACACUGGAAGGAAAUAUGGCAGCCAGAUGGUCCCAGAGAAGAGGGCAACUUUCCUGUAGAUGGUCCUUGUUCUUGCUUUUGAGAUCGCUGAAGCUGUUUGGAAUUGCUGAAGCUCUUACUCUGGGAGAAAUGACUCCAGAUAUUUCUUCUCUACUCGUGAGAGAGACAAAAGUGGUCUCAAGUUUGGAGGAAGAGGCAAUCUUUCAUUGUAGGACUGACUUUGAGUUAUCAGAUUUAAUCAGUGUCUCUUGGUACCGCCUCAACCAGAACAAACCACCUACCCUGAUACAUGGUUAUUUUUUUGGAACUGUGUACACGGACAUCCCUAAGGAGUUCAAUGGACGUGUCUUGCUCAUCAUCUAUUCAAAGGAUGCGGAGCUGACUUUGAGGGAUGUGAAGCUACAAGACAGUGGGACAUACAAAUGUAUCCUGAAUGACACUCAACAUUUGGUAGAGAGAUAUGUGAUUUUCCAGGUGAUAGACCCAAAUGAAACCUUGCCAAAAGAUGAGAACUCAGUCAUGAUUUAUUCAAUGGUGGGGUUCAUCUCUGCAGCCCUGGUGGUGUGGAUGAUUUCCCUCGGCAUUAUAUGUAAGAAGAGAAACCUGCAGUGCCCCAGGAACUGGAGCCAGGAAAUACGACAUGAAUACAGCACCAGUGACAACUGCACCUCUUUGGCAACCAAUUGUCUAAUAUCCUUACCCUCUCACUACACAGACAAUGGGGCAUCAGACCUAAGGCAAAAUUGUGAAAUUAAAAGUUUGCCUUAAGUGGGCCCAACUGUCUGUUUUGGUAUUGGCUCCCUUCCCUUGUGCCCAGUACUUUAUUUCUGGGCAAAACAUGCUUUUUAAAAAAAUCUGAUAUUAAUCAUUUACAUUUUAGUGUGAGUAUUUAGUUGACUCUCCCAGGGGGUUAUUUGUUUUGUUUUCAUCUUUUUUUUCUUCCAAUUACAUGUAAAAACAAAUUUUAGUUUCAUUUUUUUGAAAUUUUGAGUUCUAAAUUCUCUUCCUCCUUCCCUCCACUUCCCCUUCCUUGAA